AUGAGAAGCUGUUCCGAGUUGGGUGGAAACUAUAAAUCUAUGAUGUACAAAUGCGGGCAGUGUAAUUAUACAUUUACCAACGCAAUAAGUGACAAAGUUAAUGAAGAAAACGUGAACGAUAAACUCAGUAACGAAUGUAACAAUGGUUUUGACAACCACAGCGAUCAAGAAGAUCGACAAAGGCUAAACAUACCUGGCAAUUGUUUAGAACGCUAUAAUGCAAUUUCAACCAUCGAAAAUCAUAACGAGAUGGAGGGCGCUAAACAAGCUUUUACACAGAAUGCUGAUGACCUAGAAAAUUCAAAGAAAAGUCAAAUAAGUGUUUUGACUUCAGCGAAUUUUUCUGCAGUCAGUUUCAAAGAAAGAAAGAACUGCUUUGACACUAACAACAACACCCACAAUCAAAUCCGCAAAAAGGACAACAGUAUCAGCUUCAGAAACAACCCCAAGACUUUUUUAAACAAAUCGAAACAUUCACCAGCCGCUGUGUUGCCACCAUGUCGAAUCUGUGGAGCCAGAGCAUCUGGGCUUCAUUAUGGAGUCAACACUUGCGAAGCUUGUAAAGGAUUUUUCCGGCGAGCUUUAAAACGGCCAGUUGUGUUCAAAUGCCCGAAAAGUAAAAAAUGUGACGUGAAAGGAAAUAAAAGAAGCACAUGUAGAUUUUGCCGCUAUAAAAAAUGUUUAAGUCUGGGAAUGGCCCGAGAAUCCAUUAAAACGGGUCGUUACUCUUACAAAAAGCGAACCCGGGACACGCUGGAGGUGAAAAGACUUCAAAAAUGGCCAAAUCCCACCUCGGGAGAACUAGAUUUAGACAUUGUAACUAAAAGUAUUCUAACCGCUCAUGAGUCUCUGAUGGUUUCACAUACCGAUGCCCCAAGUGACUGGAUCUAUCAAAAACAACUGGAGUAUCAUAAUAUUUAUCUUCUAUAUAAAAGAUUUGGGAAUCAUCCUGAACUAAUCCCUGAAAAAGUGGGUCCAUCGUUUGGCCAUGACAGUUCAUCGAAAACAUCCGAGAACAAAGACUGCCAAAAUAAUAGUGACAAAUCUGGACAGCAGCCUUCACCUUCAGGGUCGUGGUCCCAGUUGUCUUCUGACUCAGGAUUUGUUGAUGAAGCGGUAACCAAUAGAUACACCAGUGCCACCUCCAAUAGUGUAGACUUUGCUAAACAAGAAGAUGUCUCAAAAUGUAUAGAUCAUUCAAAAAGCCACACCAAAGAGCAGAAGACAGAAACCGUUUGUGUUGAGGUUGAUAAACAAUAUAAUGUCGCCGCAGUGAAAACGUCGGAGCAACUUUCACGAAAUGGACAAAUGUGUGCGCUCAGUUGCUACAGCUGCUGUAGUCUGUGCAGAGACUAUUUCCCUUCUGUUGAUAGAAAUCAUUUAGGAAAACAGUUUUCAGAAAAGGACAUUCAGAGAGCAGACGAUUUCUGUCGUUGUGAGAACAGUCAGACAAACUACCCUGCCAGCUUUCAAGGACAAGUCAAGAGGAAAAUCACUGACCUAAAUAUAAUGCAAACCUCUCAGGACACUGAGAAGUUCCUGCAUGAUAAUACAUUUAACAAUGCAGACAGUACUUCAUCAGUCAGAAGCUACACUUAUUCUGUAAACUGUAAGCAAUGUGGAAAACGUAAGGAUGUAAUUUCCCAAGACGUUUCUUUUAGAAAGAUAGUGCCUACGCACGAUUCUAACUCUUCGGCAGAAGACUCAAAUACCUCGUCUGAUGCAACUUUGAACAACCGUAGUACUCAGGGAGAUAAACCUGGAAGUGGAUGUUUCGAUUGGAGCUUUGGUGACAAAGACUGUGAUGAUCCUCAUGACAAUAUACGUAAACACGCAGCCGCUGCAAAACCAAGUCCUCCUGUGAAUAAUGGAACAAACGCUUGCGGCUGGUCUCGUGUGGGAAGGUGGAGUUCUUCCUUGAGUGUACGUGGUGAAUCAGAAGCUGAGAUCGUCCAGAGGGCUACGACGUGGAUACAAGGAUACGUCGAAUUUGCGAAAGAAAUACCAGGGUUUUCCAGUCUGCCAUUCCAGGACCAAUCAGCUUUACUGAAAUCUGCGUGGGAUGAGGUCUGGCUGCUGGGAACGUUCAGAGGCUACAACAAGACUUUGGGUGUAGCUAUGACCCCCAGGGGCACCUGUGUUCAUGCCGAUGAGAUGGAGGCUGCCUGGGGCAGACAUUACGCUCGGUUCGCUUUCAUCAUGGCGGGCAUCAUCAAACGAUACAGCCUGUCCAGGCAGCUGUUGAUUCUUCUCAAGGCUGUCUGCAUCGUCGCUCCUGACAGAUGCCCUUUGUCAGAAGCAGAAAAAGUUUCCGACAUUCACUGGAUGGUUGUGUCCUGCCUACAACGUCACGCAGAAAAGACGCAACCGGGGAAUCGCCAGAUUUUCCCGCGACUUGUAUCCAUUUUGACAUCGCUAAGAGAGCUGAGCGAGUCAGCCAGGAGAGAUGUGGGAGCCAGGAGUUUAAUGUGUGAUUAUAAUAUUUUAUCACAGACUUUAAUGCCGUUUUAA